AUGGCCCGCGAGCUGAGCCAGGAAGCCCUCCUGGACUUUCUGUGCCAGGCCGGGGGCCGCGUGCGCAACGCCGCCUUGCUGGGCCACUUCAAGGGCUUCCUCCGGGACCCCGACGCGCCCCCCGCGCUGCUCCAGCGCCGCCGCGAGCUCUUCAAGGGCUUCGUCAACUCGGUCGCCGCAGUGCGCCAGGACCCCGACGGCACCAAGUACGUGGUGCUCAAGAGGAGGUACCGGGACCUCCUGGGGGAGGAGGGGCUCCAGCCCGGCCGCGACGCGCCCCCGGCCGCCGCCCCCCGCUCCCCGCCGGCCGUGCGCCCUGGAGAGCCGCCGCUGGAGCCGCAGCCUCGGAGGCGAAGGCGGCGGCGGCGCAAAAAGGAGCCGGAGGAGGAGCCAGCAGGUGCCGCAGCCCCCGCGGCCAGCGCAGGUGGCGACGGGCUUCGGGAGGCGGCGCGCCCGGGCGGCUCCGGCCACCGGGCGCCGUCGCCCUUGGGCGCUGGGCACGCGGGGUGCGCGGCGGAGCGGGCGCGGGGCCGCCGCUGUUGGGAAUGUCUCCAGAACGGUCUCGGGGAGCCCCCGGGGGAGCCCCGGCUCGCCGCCGCAGACAGAUCGGGCCAUCGCUGCGCCCCCCGGCAAGACUCGCGCGCCGGACCCCUGUUUCAGCAAGCCGCGCCCCAGACGCCCCCAACGACGGCCAGAGCCGCUGGCAGCCCGCCUGCUCCCCUGCCCCGUCCUGCUUCUUCUCCCGCAGAACCCCCAGAGCUGGUGAGCCGGGGCUCCCCGCACCUUUCCACCCUGCAGCAGCAGCAACAGCGCACCCGAGAAUGGGUCGCCAAACACCCCCAGAUACCCGGGGUUCGGAAGCAGGGCCCGACCCGCGCGUGGUGCGUGUUGCCUGACACAUUUCCCGGGCUCUCCUCGGAACUGGACUUACGCAUGCCUCCUCCACCCGAGACUGCAUCGCCGAGCUUCACUUCUGCCUCUCACCCGCUAGUUCCUGGGGUCCCCGAAUCUUGGCCCAGGAGUUCCCCCAUGCCCAUCUUCCGCAGUAUCCGUUGCCAGCUGUCCCUCCAAGAUCUGGACGACUUCGUGGACCAAGAGAACCACAGCAGCGAGGAAAGCAGUAGCGGACCUAAAGAGUCCCCUGGGGGUUCCGAAGAAGGGUUGCAAGUGGCCCCGGGAACCCCAGAGUGGAGAAAGCUCAGGAAUCCAGUGGGAGAUGGGUCUCCAAAGGAAGGCUAUAUUGAUAGGAGCCUACAAGAUCUCAGGAGUCAAAAGAAAGGUCCCACCUCCCAGCAGCUCCCAACAGGGGCUAAUGGUCUGGCUGGUCAUCCUCAGGAACCUUUGCCCUGGCCUGCCCCCAAGUUCAGGAGGUCGCUCCGGAGGAGCUCACUGGCCAGAGCCAGGUUGUCUUCAUCUGAUGAGGAGCACCUGGAGGAGGACUUCUUCAAAAAGAGCCGGCGCCCACCUCGCUCCAGAAAACCCUCCAAGGCAGGCGCAGUGCCCAGCCCGCGAGUGGAUACUGCCUUGACACUCAGACCCGAAGAUGUGAAAGUUGUUGCUGCAGAGCAGGGUUGCCCAGAGAACUCCUGGGCCCCAGGCAGGGAGAGGCCUGCAGCCGUGGUGACACACAGACCAGCUGAACACAAGUCAUCACUGGUUCCCCUCGAUGCUCAGGAGCAUAAGUGGAUUGUGAUGCUUGCCAGUGGCUCUUGGGUUCAGGUGUUGGCUUUGUUCUUCCAGGAGCCCCAGCUGGCUUUGCACCGAGACUUCUUGACUGGGUACACUGCCUUGCACUGGAUAGCCAAACACGGAGCCCAUGAAGCUUUGAAAGACUUGGUCUCUGGGGCACAGAAAACGGGGAUAACAUUGGAUGUCAAUGUGAAAUCCAGUUGCGGGUAUACCCCACUGCACCUUGCUGCCAUUCAUGGCCACCAUAGCGUAAUCAAAAUGCUAGUGCAAAGGUUGGCUUCAAGGGUAAAUGUCCGGGAUAGCAGUGGGAAGAAGCCAUGGCAGUAUCUCACCAGUAAUACCUCUGGGGAAAUAUGGCAGCUGCUGGGAGGCCCUCGGGGCAAGCCCAUUUUCCCAGUCUAUCCAUUAGUCCGAAGCUCCUCCCCGACCAGGAAAGUUAAGAGCCAAGAAAUAGCUAGAAAUGUCACCCGCAAGACUUCCCUGGCUAGUCUCCUCAAAAGUCAGCACCACAAAUGGAAAAUGGCCAACCAGUAUGAGAAAUUUCCAAUCCUCCGAGAGAGGGAAGAGUAUAGUGAUUGAGACAUUCUUCUCUCCAGCAGGCAGCCAGUGCACUCAUUACUAUUCUUGAACUCCUCCAUGAGAGCACUCAGGGAGAUAGAAAACAGACAGCAAUUGGUUAAGAGAGAGUCCAAUGAGUUGGCUUGCCUAGUGUUUCUGAACACUAAUUGGCUCCAGAUCCAGCACAUUCCAGACCUGGGGCUCAACCAGGCAUUCUGAGAUCUCAAGUCAUUGGAUCAGUGAAACCAGGCAAAGGACAGAAUUAGGAGCUUAAUUUCUAAGAGGUGAUCUUUCUCCAUGCCACGAUGGGCACAUUGGCUGCAUUGGCAUGAAGGAGAAAUCCUAGUUCUUGGCUCAAGAGGGAGCAGAGAAAAGAAAUUCGAUGAAUUGAGGAAGCCCAGUCUAAAUCCUCCUUAGCCAGUCACCCUGGCUUCUAUUUAUUUGAAGAAUGAAUUUUGGCUGAGUAUGAGUAUAUUAAGUAUGAAUCUUGGCUCUCGCUUUUUCUCUUUCCCUCCCCCC